ACAACGUCCCAGUCAUCGUGCAAACAAUCGCAAUGCACCUCUUCUCCAUAGAAGUCCUCGAGCCCGAGAUCGUAAACAGAGCAAAGGCAAAGAAGGAUGCCAUUGGGUUGAGCACAAUUGGAGUGGACGCUCAACCGCAGGGGAAGGGAGAGACUACACCGAGCCCGUCGCGAUGGAAGACGCCAGAGUUCUAUCUUUACUAUGCGGCACAUGCGGUUGUGGUGCCUAUGAUGUUCAAGUGUGCCUAUGAUCUUUCGAAAGACACACAUCCCAGUUACCCACAAUAUGAGAACCUCUUGGAACCAGGAUGGAUACCCGGGCGGAAAGUGGACAAUUCUGACGUGCAGUACUCCGACUUCCGCGAUCGCAUCCCUAUCCUGUUUUCAGUCCUUGUCGGUUACACCGCCCUGCGGCGCCUCUACGACCGUACAUACAACCUGAGCACUCUUUCACAGUCAAUACGCGCUCGGAGACGAGUACUUUUUGAUGUCGGUUUCGCGUUAGUGUUCAUCACCGCAUUGCACGGGUUCUCCGCUGUGAAGAUUCUGCUAUUACUGGGCAUCAAUUACGGAAUCGCAAAAACCUUCAAGGGAAGCAUAUCAAACCCAGUAUUGACAUGGGCGUUCAACAUCAUUGUGCUCUUCCUUAACGAACGAUACAGCGGCUACCGCUUCCGAGACGUCCACGAAUCCGGUGCCCUGCUCGAUGCCUACCCUGGCCUCCUCUCACGCUGGCAAGUCCACUUCAACAUCACCGUCCUCCGCCUCAUCUCCUUCAACAUGGACUACUACUGGUCCUUCUCGAAGGGUCCCUCUCUUGCAGCGCGCCUGAAGAAAGACAAAGCGAAUGCGGAUACGCUGACGGAAAGAGAAAGGAUUGAGGCGCCUUGUGAAAGGGAGGAUUAUGGGUGGUUGAAUUAUUUGGGGUAUACAUUGUAUGCGCCGUUGUACCUCGCUGGUCCGAUUAUUACGUUCAACAAUUACAUGUCGCAGAUUCAUCUGCGCCCCCCGACUAUCUCUCCUCGUCGCACUCUCCUCUACGCAAUCCGCUUGUUAAUCUCCAUCCUCACCAUGGAGUUCCUCCUCCACAACCUCUACGUCGUCGCCAUCGCCAAGUCUCACGCAUGGUCCGGCCUCACCCCCUUCCAACUCUCUAUGGUCUCCUACUGGAACCUCAAGAUCGUCUGGCUAAAGCUGUUGAUCCCUUGGCGGUUCUUCAGACUAUGGGCGAUGUGGGACGGUAUUGAGACCAGUGAAAAUGUGUUGAGGUGUAUGAGUAAUACCUACAGCGUCAAGACAUUUUGGAGGGCGUGGCAUCGGAGUUUCAAUAGGUGGAUCGUGCGGUAUAUUUACGUUCCUUUGGGAGGAUCACGGUUGCCGAUUGUGAACACGCUUGCUGUGUUUACCUUUGUCGCUCUGUGGCAUGAUAUCUCGCUCCGGCUGCUUGCGUGGGGAUGGCUGGUUACCCUCUUCAUUCUUCCAGAACUUAUUGCCACAGCUAUUUUUUCGCCGGAGAAGUGGGGUUCGUGGCCGUGGUAUCGACAUUUGUGUGCGCUUGGAGGGGUGUUCAACAUGUUGAUGAUGGUAUGUGCGAACCUUGUUGGAUUUGUGAUUGGGUUGGAUGGGUUGAAGGAGAUGCUUGUAGGGAUUUUUGGAAGUUUAUACGGUCUGGCGUUUUUGGUCACUACGGUUGCGUGUUUGUCUUGCGCGGUGCAAAUUAUGUUUGAGACCAGAGAAGACGAACAGCGACGGGGAAUCUUCUUACGUUGUUGAUCUGGUCUUGGCUUACGAGGUGGACGUUUGGUUGCGACAUCAGUUUGGGUAGUUUGGAUACACAAUCUACAAUCUGCAAUUUACGAUCACGGGAGGGCGUGGACAACAAGCGGGUAUAUGCCGGUUAUAUUCCCGCCGGCCAUGUUUGAUACUCCAUGACCGGAAUCUAUGCUAGUUAUACGCCGGCAAUAGAUCUUCGCUGGGCU